AUGACACCAGUUCGCCUUUUCCUUAUCAGAUUAAGCAAACGGGCAGCUAUGUCAGCGCAGCUGCCGAAGGAGGCAACGCGGCCAAGCGAGAGUCAAACUGAGACUUCCCAAGCUGGCCAGGCUGCGUCACCUCGGCCCGGCCGGGAGGUGGUGAUGGGUGCCACCUCGACGGCGUCCGUGUGGCCGGCGCCCCUGUCCCGGCCAGCCGAGUUCACCGAGGACUGCAAGUUCAGGGAGCGCUUUCAGGAGAACAGCUACAACACGUACGCCUCGGCGGCCCACCGCAGCGAGCGGUCGGGCAGGGAGUGGUACGUGGCCCUCAACAAGCGGGGCAAGGCCAAGCGGGGCUGCAGCCCCCGCGUGAAGCCCCAGCACGUCUCGACCCAUUUCCUCCCGCGUUUCUGGCGCGCCGAGCAGCCCGAGCUCGCCUUCACCGUCACCGUCCCCGAGAGGAAG